CCUUCCUUCCUUCCCCGUGUUCUGGAUGUGAAGCAGCAUGCGGGAGAGCUCAGAGGGCUCGCGCUCGCCUCACCGCGGAGGAUGCGCCCGCAGUAGUUUGCCACGACGCAGCACGGAACGCCGUCUAACGCAAGGAGGAGGAGAAGGCGGCGGAGGAGGCGGACGGAGGAGACUGCACGCGAGCAUGCGGGACGGAGGGAUGACGGCGGCCGCACGCUGUCUCCUGUGGAGUGUCGUCCUCGGCUGCAUCUGCACGCACGCGCAAGGUUUCAUCUACACAUGUGGCGGCACGCUGAAGGGCCGAAACGGCAGCGUGGAGUCGCCAGGAUUCCCAUACGGCUACCCCAAUGGGGCGAACUGCACCUGGGUCAUCGUCGGGGAGGAAGGGAGUCGCAUCCAGCUCAUAUUCUUGUCCUUUGCCAUCGAGGAGGAAUACGACUUUUUGUCCUUGUACGACGGGCAUCCGCACCCGGCCAACUUCAGGACCAGGCUCACAGGCUUCCAGGUGCCUCCUCCAGUCACCAGCACCGGAAACGUCUUCUCGUUGAGGCUGACGAGCGACUUUGCCGUCUCCGCGCACGGCUUCAAACUCCUCUAUGAAGAGCUCCACAGUUCAUCAUGCGGGAACCCUGGCGUACCGCCCAAAGCGGUGCUGAACGGCGGCGCCCGCUUCGCUGUGGGGGACAGCGUACGCUACAGCUGCGUGUCCGGUUACGUCCUGGACGGACACGCCACGCUCACCUGCAUCCUCAAUGCCGGGAACACGGCCGUGUGGGACUUCCCCGCUCCCGUCUGUCGAGCUGAGGACACAUGUGGGGGCACUGUGAGGGGCGGCAGUGGGGUGGUGACCAGUCCCGGUUACCCCGGCAACUAUGGUAACCAGGCCGACUGUACUUGGAUCCUAUUGGCCGAACCCGGAGACACCAUCUCUGUCGUCUUUACAGACUUCCACACCGAGGAGAAGUACGACUACCUGGAAGUGGAAGGAUCCGAACCACCGACCAUUUGGUUGUCGGGCAGUAAUGUGCCCUCGCCCAUCGUCAGCAACAAGAACUGGCUGAGGUUGCAUUUCAUCACCGACAACAACCACCGCUAUCGUGGCUUCAGCACUCAUUAUCAAGUGAAGCGGUCGGUAGAUUUUAAGUCGCGGGGCGUUAAAUUGUUCCCUGGCAAAGACUCCAGCAGCAAGUUUUCAAUCUUAAACGAAGGCGGCGUGAGACAGGCCUCCAACUCCUGCCCGGACCCGGGAGAGCCAGAGAACGGUAAACGCCACGGCAACAACUUCAGCAUUGGCAGCACGGUCCAGUUCAGCUGUGGCGAAGACUACGUCCUCCAAGGAAGCAAAAGCAUCAGCUGCCAGAGGGUGGCUGACGUAUUUGCAGCCUGGAGCGACCACAGGCCAGUCUGCAAAGUCAAGACCUGCGGCAGCAACCUUCAGGGGCCGUCAGGAACCUUCACCUCGCCCAACUUCCCCAUUCAGUAUGAGAGCAACGCGCAGUGCGUUUGGAUCAUCACCGCUUCAAACCCUAACAAGGUAAUCCAGAUCAACUUUGAAGAGUUUGACUUGGAAGUCGCCUACGACACGUUGACCAUAGGAGAUGGAGGCGAGGUGGGAGAUCCUACGACCAUCCUGCAAGUUCUGUCAGGCAGCUUUGUCCCUGACCUGAUCGUCAGUAUGACCCACCAGAUGUGGCUCCACCUGCAGUCCGACGAGAGCGUUGGAUCCAUCGGGUUUAAGAUCAACUACAAAGAAAUAGACAAGGAGAGCUGCGGCGAUCCAGGAACUCCUCUCUACGGAAUACGAGAGGGCGACAGCUUUUUGAACGGCGGCAUCCUGAGGUUCGAGUGCCAGUUUGGGUUCGAGCUGAUCGGCGAGAAAACCAUUUCCUGCCAGGAAAACAACCAGUGGUCGGCUAACAUCCCCAUAUGUGUCUUCCCGUGCAUGUCCAACUUCACAGCUCCCUCCGGAACUGUCCUCUCACCCGACUAUCCGGAGGGCUACGGGAACAACAUGAACUGCGUCUGGCUCAUCCAGUCGGAGCCGGGCUCCAGGAUCCACCUGGCGUUCAACGACUUUGACCUGGAGGCGCCUUACGACGCCCUCACCUUGAAAGAUGGCGAGACCAGCGGCGCCGUCGUCAUCGGGAGGUUCUCAGGCGCCGAGAGUCCAUCACACCUCACGUCCAACACCAACACACUGAGGCUGGAGUUCCAGGCGGACCACUCCAUGUCGGGAAGAGGCUUUAAUAUCACCUAUAGUUCGUUUGGCCACAACGAAUGCCCAGACCCUGGCAUUCCCAUCAACGCCCGCCGCUUCGGAGACAGCUUCCAGCUGGGUAGCUCCAUCUCAGUGGUCUGCGAAGACGGUUUUAUCAAAACCCAAGGGAGCGAGACUAUAUCCUGCCAGCUGGAGAGCGGAAAGGUCAUGUGGAGCGGGCCCAUCCCCAAAUGUGAAGCUCCGUGUGGUGGCCACUAUUCAGCACCCAAUGGCGUGAUUCUGUCCCCUGGUUGGCCCGGCUACUACAAGAAUUCCCUCAGCUGUGAAUGGGUGAUCGAGUCAGAACCAGGACGCUCCAUUAAAGUCAUCUUUGACAGAUUCCAGACAGAACUGGGUUACGACUUCCUGGAAAUCCACGACGGACCCAACCUACUGUCGCCUCUGGUGGGAUCCCUCAACGGCACCCAUGUUCCUCAGUUCCUCUUCAGCAGCACCAACUUCCUCUACCUGCUCUUCACCACCGACAACAGCCACUCCAACGUCGGCUUUAAAAUAUUAUACGAAAGCGUUACCGUGGACAGCUACUCCUGUCUGGACCCGGGUAUUCCUGUGAAUGGUAUCCGCUACGGGCAGGACUUCUCCAUCGGGUCCACCGUGUCGUUCGGCUGUGACUCCGGCUACAGGUUGAGCCACGAGGAGCCGCUGGUUUGCGAGAAAAACCACUGGUGGAGCCAUGCAUUGCCCACGUGUGACGCAUUAUGUGGCGGCGAUGUCCGAGGCCCCUGGGGAACCAUCCUGAGUCCAGGCUAUCCUGACAGCUACCCUUCAUCCCUCAACUGCACCUGGACUGUAGAAGUCAGCCAUGGCAAAGGCGUCCAGUUCCAGUUCAACACUUUCCACCUGGAAGACCAGCACGACUACUUGCUGGUGACGGAGAACGGAAGUUUUCUGCAGCCCCUGGCUCGCUUGACCGGCAACGAGUUGCCUGGCAACAUCAACGCCGGUCUCUAUGGCAACUUCAAAGCGCAGCUGCGAUUCAUCUCCGACUUCUCCAUUUCCUACGAGGGCUUCAAUAUCACGUUCACUGAGUACACCCUGGAGCCGUGCGAGGACCCCGGGAUGCCGCGCUUUGGCAGAAGGAACGGCUACAACUUCGGUAUCGGGGACACGCUGUCCUUUUCCUGCAAUAUGGGGUACCGCCUGGAGGGGGCGCCAGAGUUGAUCUGCCUGGGCGGCGGUCGCAGGAUAUGGAGCGCGCCGCUGCCGAGAUGUGUUGCCGAGUGUGGCUCGUCAGUCAUGAACAACGAAGGCAUCAUGCUGUCCCCCAACUACCCGAUGAACUAUGACAACAACCACGAGUGCAUCUACAGCAUACAGGUGCAGGCUGGGAAAGGCAUCAACAUCUCAGCUCGGACUUUUCAUCUGGCCCAGGGAGACAUACUGAAGAUUCACGACGGGAAAGACAACACCGCUCACGUUUUGGGAGCGUUCACGGGCACAUCCAUGCUGGGUUUGACACUGAUAUCGACCUCAAACCACCUGUGGCUGGAGUUUUACAGCGAUGGCGAGGUCACAGGGGAAGGAUUUAAACUCGUCUACUCAAGUUUCGAGCUAUCGCACUGCGAGGACCCCGGCGUGCCACAGUUUGGCUUCAAAGUCAACGACCAGGGUCACUUCUCCGGAAGCAGCAUCACAUACAGAUGCGAGCCCGGCUACACGCUGCACGGGGCGUCCGCGCUGAGGUGCAUGACGGGCGAGAGGAGAGCCUGGGAUAACCCCCUGCCUUCCUGUAUUGCUGAGUGCGGCGGCCGUUUUAAAGGCGAAUCUUCCGGAAGCAUCCUCUCACCCGGAUACCCCUUUCCCUAUGACAACAACCUCCGGUGCACUUGGACCAUCGAGGUGGACUCGGGAAACAUUGUUAGCCUUCAGUUUCUGGCAUUUGACACAGAGGCCAGCCACGACAUGUUGAGGGUUUGGGACGGUCCGCCUUCGAACGAAAUGUCUCUGGCGGAACUCAGCGGGUCUCUGCUGCCCGAGAGGAUCCACUCCACGCUAAACACCGUCACUGUUCAGUUUGAGACCGAUUUUUACAUCAGCAAGUCUGGAUUUGCGAUCCAAUUUUCCAGCUCAGUAGCAACGGCCUGCAGGGACCCCGGUGUGCCAAUGAACGGCAGCCGCAGCGGCGACGGCCGGGAGCCGGGGGAUUCUGUGUCCUUUCAGUGUGACCCGGGAUACGAGCUCCAGGGGGAUGACAAAAUCACCUGCAUACAAGUUGAUAAUAGAUACUACUGGCAGCCCAGUCCGCCUGUCUGCAUAGCUCCAUGCGGAGGAAAUUUGACCGGCUCUAGUGGGUUCAUACUAUCCCCUAACUAUCCACAUCCUUACCCCCACUCUAAGGACUGUGACUGGAUCAUUGCAGUCAAUCCAGACUAUGUUCUGUCUCUGGCCUUCAUCAGUUUCAACAUUGAGCCAAACUACGACUUCCUGUACAUUUAUGACGGCCCCGACAGCAACAGUCCUUUGAUCGGCAGUUUCCAAGACAGCAAACUCCCAGAGAGGAUUGAGAGCAGUUCUAACACCAUGCAUUUAGCCUUCCGUAGCGACGGAUCAGUGUCCUAUGCUGGCUUUCACUUGGAAUACAAAGCCAAAUUAAGGGAGUCCUGCUUUGACCCGGGUGUGGUCUUGAACGGCACCAGACUGGGAUCGGAUUAUAAACUUGGAUCAACUGUAACCUUCUACUGCGAGGCUGGAUAUGUUCUACAGGGUUACUCUACCCUAACCUGCAGCAUGGGGGAUGAUGGCAGACCUGGAUGGAACCGGGCAUUGCCAAGCUGUCAAGCUCCAUGCGGAAGUCGCUCUACUGGAUCGGAAGGAACAGUUUUGUCACCAAACUUCCCUCGGAACUAUACGACCGGACAAACUUGCAUCUACACUAUCGCUGUACCGAGAGAGUUUGUCCUCUUCGGUCAGUUUGUGCUCUUCCAGACGUCUCUAAACGACGUGGUGGAGAUCUACGACGGCCCCACUCAACAGAGCACGCUGCUGUCAUCUCUCUCGGGCUCACACUCCGGGGAGUCGCUCCCUCUCAGUUCAGGAAAUCAGAUCACCGUUAAGUUCAUGACAGUCGGGCCAGAAACCGCCAAAGGCUUCCACUUUGUCUACCAAGCCGUGCCUCGGACCAGCUCUACACAGUGCAGCUCCGUGCCUGAGCCGCGUUUUGGUCGUCGCCUGGGCAACGACUUUGCGGUGGGCUCGCUGGUGCAGUUCGAGUGCAACCCGGGUUACGUCCUGCACGGUUCAGCUGCCAUACGAUGCGAAAGUGUGCCGGACAACCUGGCGCAAUGGAACGACAGCCUACCAACAUGCAUCGUUCCCUGCGGCGGUGCGCUAACCUCUCGUCACGGCACCAUCCUGUCGCCCGGAUACCCGGAACCGUAUGACAACAACCAGAACUGCGUGUGGAAGGUCUCAGUGCCAGAAGGUGCCGGCAUUCAGGUUCAAGUGGUGAGUUUUGCUACGGAGCACAACUGGGACUCUUUGGACUUCUACGAUGGAGCGGACAACCACGCGCCCAGGCUGGGCAGCUAUUCUGGCACCACCAUCCCGCCCCUCCUAAACAGCACAUCCAACAACCUCUAUCUCAGCUUCAGCUCUGACAUCAGCGUCUCAGCCGCUGGAUUCCACCUGGAAUACACAGCUAUAGGUCUGGAGUCGUGUCCGGAGCCCCAGACUCCAAACUCCGGCAUCCGACAAGGAGACAGAUUCAUGGUGGGCGACGUGGUGCAGUUCUCCUGCGAACAAGGAUACUCUCUUCAGGGAAACGCACAUAUCACCUGCAUGCCUGGACCAGUGCGAAGAUGGAACUAUCCGGUACCUCUCUGUCUUGCCCAGUGUGGGGGGGCCCUGACGGACGUAAGCGGUGUCAUUCUCAGUCCUGGUUACCCCGGCAACUACCCGAGCGGACUGGACUGCACAUGGAGUGUCAACUUACCUGUCGGCUUUGGCAUUCACCUCCAGUUCAUCAACUUCUCCACCGAGGCCAUCCAUGACUACCUGGAGAUCCGUAGCGGCAACGUGGACACGGGCUCGGUCAUCGACCGCUUCAGUGGUCCCGUCAUCCCUAAGCCUCUGUUCAGCACCACGCACCAGACCAGCUUCUUCUUCCACAGCGACUACUCGCAGAACAAGCCCGGGUUCCACAUCACGUUCCAAGCCUACCAGCUCCACAGUUGUCCCGACCCUCUGCCCUUCCGGAACGGCAUCGUGAUCGGCACCGACUUCAGCGUGGGGAUGACUGUGUCCUUUGAGUGUCUGCCCGGAUACUCUCUCAUGGGAGACGCCUCGCUGACGUGUUUGCACGGAAUCAGCCGCAACUGGAACCACCCGCUGCCACGAUGUGAAGCUCUGUGUGGUGGAAACAUCACAUCAUUAAAUGGAACCAUCUACUCACCCGGUCACCCCGAGGAAUACCCCAAUUUCCAGGACUGUGUUUGGAGUGUGAGGGUUCCACCCGGACACGGGAUUUACAUCAACUUCACUGUCCUCAGCACGGAGCCCAUAUAUGACUACAUCACUGUCUGGGACGGUCCUGACCAAUCAUCCCCACAGAUUGGCCAAUUCAGCGGAAACACAGCUCUGGAGUCCGUCUAUUCAACCUCCAACAUCAUCCUUAUUAAAUUCCACUCAGACUUCUCUGGAGCUGGAUUCUUUGUUUUGAGCUACCACGCCUACCAAUUAAGGGUGUGCCAGCCCCCCGCAGAAGUGCCCAACGCUGACAUGCUGAUGGAGGACGGUGAGCUGGAGAUAGGUGACAUCAUCAGGUACAGGUGCCAUCCUGGGUUCUCAUUGGUGGGAAGUGAGAUUCUAACCUGCCGCCUGGGAGAGAGGCUACAGAUGGAUGCACUGCCUCCGACCUGCCAAGUCCAAUGCCCCGCCCAUGACGUACGAUACGACUCGACGGGUGUGAUCCUCAGCCCGGGUUGGCCUGGGAGCUAUCCCAAUCUCCAGAUGUGUUCCUGGAGCGUUACGGUGGAGAAGGGAUACAACGUGACCAUCACGUUUGAGAGUUUCCACUCCGACAGGGAGUUUGACGUCUUGGAGAUUUUCGAUGGUCCGUCUACCAAUGAUCCAACUUUGGCAACACUGAGCGGCGACCUGCCGACGCCCUUUAAUCUAACAACCACCGGCCAUCAGUUCCUGGUGCGCUGGUCGUCAGACCACAACACGAACAAGAGUGGCUUCAAAAUUCGCUAUGUUGGUGAGUACCAAACGCUGUACUGCUCCACACCGGACUCGCCACUCCACGGAUCCAUUUCCUCGCAGAGCGGCGGCCACGUCAACAGCGUGGUGCGGUGGGCUUGUGACCGCGGCUACAGUCUCAUCGGCAACGCCACGGCGACCUGCCGACACACUCCGUGCGCCUACCAUGCCUGGGACUCGCCUGUGCCUGCCUGUCAAGCUGUCUCGUGUGGGGCCCCCAAGGCACCGACAAACGGCGGCGUUGUAACGGCCGACUACUCGGUCGGAACCCGAGUCUCCUACUUCUGUAACGACGGCUACAGGCUCUCCAGCAAAGAGCUGACGUCAGCCAUCUGCCAGCCCGACGGGACAUGGAGCAACCACAAUAAGAUACCAAGAUGCUCAGUUGUGGUGUGUCCGAGCAUCGGUUCCUUCUCCCUGGAGCACGGCCGAUGGAGGAUCGUGAACGGCUCCCACUACGAAUACAGAACCCGCAUCGUCUUCACAUGUGACCCGGGCUAUUACAGAUUAGGUCCCGCCCAUAUCCAAUGCCUGCCCACCGGCGUGUGGAGCUGGAGGAACGAGAGGCCGCACUGUCAGAUCAUCUCUUGCGGCGAGCUGCCGUCUCCGCCCAACGGGAAGAAGAUUGGCACUCAGACGAGCUUUGGAGCGACGGCCAUCUUCACCUGUGACGCCGGCUUCAUGCUGGUGGGCUCAGGGGUCAGGGAGUGUCUGUCAUCCGGGCUUUGGAGUGGAACAGAGACGCGAUGUUUGGCUGGUCACUGCGGCAUCCCUGACGGCAUCGUCAACGGCCAAGUGAUCGGCGAGAACUAUGGCUACCGCGACACGGUGGUCUACCAGUGUCUGCCUGGCUUCCGUCUCAUAGGCUCGUCGGUCCGGAUCUGUCUCCAAGACAACCAGUGGUCGGGGCAGCUCCCCAUUUGCAUACCAAUCAGCUGCGGCCACCCAGGAAGUCCCAUAUAUGGUCGUACGGUGGGCAACGGCUUCAACCUGAACGACAUGGUCAGCUUCAUUUGCAACCGGGGCUAUGAAAUGGAUGGUCCCCCCCGCGCGCACUGCCAGGCCAACCGCCAGUGGAGCCACCCGCCCCCGACGUGUAAAGGUGGGGAAAAAAUGGUCAAUUGCUCCGACCCCGGCAUCCCGGCCAACUCCAUCCGUCAGAGUAAAAUCGAGCACGGGAACUUCACCUUCGGCACCGUGGUGUUCUACGACUGUAACCCGGGGUACUACCUGUUUGGAUCACCUGUGCUCAGCUGUCAACCCACAGGACAAUGGGACAAACCUCUUCCUGAGUGUAUCGUGGUUGACUGCGGCCAUCCUGGCUCGCCCCCGAACGGCGCCUUGCAUGGGGAGAAGUUCACGUUCGGCUCGACGGUUCGAUACUCCUGUCUGGGCGGCAGGCAGCUGAAAGGAGAGUCGUCUAGGAAUUGUCAACUCAACGGGAUGUGGAGCGCCCCGAUGCCCUUUUGCACAGGUGACACGGUGGGUUCCUGCGGCGAUCCCGGUGUGCCCUCCCAUGGAUCCAGGGAACAAACGGAUUUUCGUAUCCGCUCAAAGGUCUACUUCACCUGCACCGAGGGCUACGAUCUCAUCGGCUCGUCGGAGCGCAUGUGCUUUCCCAACGGGACGUGGUCGGGUACACAGCCGUUCUGUAAACCUGUUCAGUGUGGGAACCCUGGCACUCCAAGCAACGGGCGAGUGUUUCGCCUGGACGGAACUACCUUUUCACACUCCGUUAUCUACUCCUGUAUGGACGGCUACCUGCUCACCGGCGCCACCACCAGGCAGUGCCAGGCUAACGGGACGUGGUCGGGAGUGCAGCCCAACUGUACCAUGAUCAACUGUGGAGAUCCAGGUGUGCCGGCGAAUGGCCUGCGCUACGGCGAGGACUUCUCCAUCGGACAGAACAUCACCUUCCAGUGCCAGCCGGGCUACAGGAUGGAGGAGGAUGGCUCCCCUGUGAGGAUGUGCACCCAGAACGGGACGUGGAGCGGUAUCAUGCCAAUGUGCACAGCGGUGACCUGCACGGCUCCCCCUGUGGUCAGUAACGGGUUACUGCAGGGCAGUGACUUUGAAUGGGGCAGCAGCGUGAGUUUCAGUUGCUCGCCAGGAUACGAGCUCUCCUUCCCGGCUGUACUGACCUGCGUGUCCAACGGCACCUGGAGCGGCAUGCUGCCUCAGUGCUUACCCAAGUUUUGCGGUGACCCCGGUAUGCCAGUCGGCGGUUCCAGAGAGGGGCGGAGUUUCAUCUAUCAAUCAGAAGUAACCUUCACCUGCACGCCACCGCUCAUCCUGGUGGGCACGGCAACCAGACACUGCGAAAGUGACGGAAGCUGGAGCGGCACCCAGCCUCGCUGUAUAGAGCCCGCAAGGACCAGCUGUGACAACCCGGGAACGCCGCGCUACGGAUCCUUAAACCGGACCUUUGGUUUCAAGGUGGGCAGUGUGGUGUCCUUCCACUGCCAGGCGGGUCACCUGAUCCAAGGCUCCACCUCCAGAACCUGCCAGCCGGACCUGAGAUGGAGUGGAACCCAGCCCGAGUGCAUACCCCACGCUUGUAAGCAGCCUGAGAGUCCGCUCCAUGUGGACGUGGUGGGCAUGGAUCUGGCCGGGUUCGGCUACACGCUGGUGUACAGCUGUCAGCCUGGCUACUUCCUCGCCGGGGGCUCCGAGCACAGGGUCUGCAAGAAUGACGGCACCUGGACCGGAAAGAUGCCGAUAUGUCGAGCUGGGGAGAAGAAGAAGCCUGUAAAGCCCGUAACAGGAACGCCAAGCCCCAAACUGAAUGUCCCCGAUGACGUCUUUGCUCCCAACUACAUAUGGAAAGGCUCCUAUAAUUACCGAGGCAGGAAGCAGCCCAUGACGCUGGGCAUCACCAGCUUCAACUCCACCACGGGAAGAGUCAACGUCACCCUUAGCAACGGCAACAUGGAGCUGCUUCUAUCAGGGCUUUAUAAAGCGUCGGAAGCACGUCUGCUGCUGCUGAUGUACCAUGUCAACUACGUGCAGCAGGGAAAUCAGCUUAAAGACGCCACCAUCUCGCCAGCCAAGAUCAUAGAGGACUCCUGGACCAUGGACGGCUUUGUGUCAGCAGAACCCGAUGGGACCACUUAUGUGUUCCAGGGCUUCAUUCAGGGCAAAGACUAUGGACAGUUUGGACUCCAGCGACUCGGGCUGAACAUGUCGGAGAGUCAGAACUCGCAUCCGCCUCAGCUCGGUACCAACAGCAGUUCGGUGGCCAUCGCUAUCCUGGUGCCUUUCUUUGCGCUGAUCUUCACCGGAUUCGGUUUCUAUCUCUUUAAACAAAGGACCACCCCCAAGACCCAGUACACGGGCUGCUCCGUCCACGAGAACAACAACGGCCAGGCGGCCUUCGAGAACCCGAUGUACAACACCAACGCCAAGGCUGUGGAAGGGAAGGCGGUCAGGUUUGACCCCAAUCUCAACACGGUCUGCACUAUGGUCUGAGCCUUCUCUUGUCCUCACUUUGACCCCGCAAAGGAAGGGGAAACCAUCGUCAAAAGUCGAAACCUCGAGAAAACAAUUCUUCUGACCCGUCUGGAAGCUCGGAUGGCAGAGAGCAGUAAAAAAGUUGCUUUUUUGUAACAAAAAAACCCUCUUAGGGCAGCCCUGGAGACGGCGCACGUAAUCCUGAGUGAACGGCGGAUUAGAGCAAACUCAAAGGGAGCUCGGCCCCGGCGGAGCACAUGAGAGGAGGCUGACUCACCGAAUGCUUAUUAAAGCGCAUCUUCUCAUCCGGUGGACGGAGGCUAAAGGAGACGCAGACAACCCCGAUUUGAACUGGAAGAAAAAUUAAGCGAAUCUCUGCAACAACAAAAAUAUCUUAAAAAUCCCCCAGCCAAUCAGAGCCUGUCUCGUGCGGAACUGGGAGAGGUUUGAACUUCUCCUGGUUCCUCAAUCUGUCAAUUGAUAUGGACUCCAGUGGUUACAGAGAUUUUUUGAGGACUCACGAAGGACUCACUGGCACUAAAAAGCACAUCAGACACUUCCUGUCGGACGAUUACGUCAAAACAAUGACAAAACCGUAUGAUGAAGACACCUGGAAAGGACGAACUCCAUGGCGGUCCCCUAAAGACCGCCACCUUCUGAACUUGAAAGAACCCGAAACAAAACGUGGAUCACGAUGCGGUUCCACGGUGAUCCUGCACUCUGCGAGUGCUUUCUCUUUUUUUCUUACUAUUGCAGAAUCUUCUGAUCUGUACAGGAGCGUUCACCACCUAUAUUUUUGUGCUCUAUAUUUACCACAGGGGGCGGGGCCAAAGACAAAACCAGAUUUUUAGAAAAAAACGCUUCAAACAUUUUUUCUUUUAAAAUAAUUUUCUUAUCCAAUGUUUGUGGUGAUGUGUGUAUGCGAGCGUCAACAAUGGUGCAUUUUUAUUUCCACUUAGCAAAUGUUUGAUUUGAAAAAUCCCAAUAAGAUACCACUGCAAAUUAACGUUUUUUAUCGCCAGAGAUGUCGCUGUUGUCAUAGCAACACAGAACAUUCUUGAUGUCAUCAUACGCACAAAAACAUCACAGCGACAAAUAUUAGACUGACACCUGGUGGUAAGAGUAUAAAAGGAAAUACAGUUGUUUUUUUUAUAAAAUGUGAUGGCAAAACUUAUGAAGAUUCUUAAGCCCCGCCCACCAUAAAGCCAGUCGAUUUAAUUAGGCAUGAAUGUUCCAAUUUUCACCAAUAGCUAA